AUGUCCUUGUACCGCUUUCAAUUGACGUUUGGCUUUGUACCAGAAAGAAUAAUGCAUCGAGCACAGUCAGUUGUAAAUCAAUUAGUUCCUUGUGUGCCACAAAUCGUUGGCAGACAAAAAUUUGCAACAUGGUUAAUUGGACCGAAAUCUAGAUCUCUGAUAAGAGCUACUCAAUCAUUACCCGUUACAGAGAACAAGUAUUCAACUAAUGUUAACCAAGAGCAGUUUCUUAAUGGCACUUCAGCUUCAUAUAUCGAGGAUAUGUAUAAUGCAUGGUUAGCAGAUCCUAAAAGUGUCAAUGUUUCUUGGGAUACUUUUUUUAAAAACUGCGAUGCGGGUGCUCAGCCAGGUGCGGCAUAUCAGGCACCACCAUCAUUGGCUCCACCAGGAAGAAAUGAAGUAUUAUUAUCUAGUUUAUUACCUGGAGUACAAAAUACAACAGCUAUUGGUGGCACAUUUAGUGAAAAAAUGAUUGACGAUCAUUUGGCAGUACAAGCGAUUAUAAGAUCAUAUCAGAUACGGGGACAUCAUAUUGCACGCCUUGAUCCUUUAAAUUUAAGUAAAGUCGACCAAGAUGAUAGAUUUCCUCAAGAGAUUUUAUAUGGUUGCUAUCCUCCAUUUGGCAAACCACCCGAUAAUACUACAUAUUCUCAACACCUACAGAAUAAAGUAGCCGAAUUAAUGGAGGAAGCUGAUAUGGAACGUGUAUUCAAACUACCAUCUACAACAUUUAUUGGUGGCAAAGAAAAUGCAUUACCAUUAAAAGAAAUUUUGAACCGUUUAGAAAAUACAUAUUGUCGUUCAAUUGGUGUUGAAUUCAUGUUUAUUAAUUCAUUGGAACAAUGUAAUUGGAUUAGACAACGUAUGGAAACACCUGGCAUAAUGGAAAUGGAAAAAGAACAAAAAAGGCUUAUAUUAGCCAGACUUACUCGAGCCACAGGAUUUGAAUCUUUCUUGGCUCGUAAAUGGUCGAGCGAAAAACGGUUUGGCUUAGAAGGGUGUGAAAUUUUAAUACCAGCCAUGAAACAAGUUAUAGAUAAGUCUACUGAUUAUGGUGUAGAAUCAGUUAUUAUGGGUAUGCCUCAUCGUGGAAGAUUAAAUGUUUUAGCAAAUAUUUGUCGUAAACCUUUAAGUCAAAUAUUUACGCAAUUUGCUGCUUUGGAAGCUGAAGAUGAUGGAUCAGGAGAUGUUAAGUAUCAUUUGGGUACGUACAUAGAACGUUUGAAUCGAGCGACAAAUAAGAAUGUACGUCUAGCUGUUGUGGCUAAUCCAUCACAUUUAGAAGCUGUAGAUCCAGUGGUACAAGGAAAAACUAGAGCUGAACAGUUCUAUAGAGGAGAUGGUGAAGGAAAAAAAGUUAUGUCUCUUUUACUUCAUGGAGAUGCAGCGUUUUGUGGUCAAGGUGUUGUGUAUGAAACAUUCCAUUUAUCUGAUCUUCCUGAUUAUACUACUCAUGGUACAAUUCACAUUGUUGUCAAUAAUCAAAUUGGUUUCACUACUGAUCCUCGACAUUCACGAUCAUCACCAUAUUGUACAGAUGUUGCUAGAGUUGUAAAUGCUCCAAUUUUCCAUGUCAACUCUGAUGACCCCGAAGCAGUCAUGCAUGUUUGCAAUAUUGCUGCUGAAUGGAGAAAUGUUUUCCAUAAAGAUGUUGUCAUUGACCUUGUAAGUUACAGAAGAUACGGUCAUAAUGAAAUAGAUGAACCCAUGUUCACACAACCUAUCAUGUACAAAGUAAUAAAAAAAACUCCACCUGUUUUGGACAAGUAUGCAGACAAAUUAAUUGAAGAAAAAGUAGUUACAAAAGAAGAAGUUAAGGACGUUUGGGAUAAAUACGAUAAAAUUUGUGAAGAAGCUUACACAGCUUCACGAAAAGAAACUACUAUUAAAUAUAAAGAUUGGUUAGAUUCCCCAUGGUCCGGAUUCUUUGAAGGAAAAGAUCCAUUAAAAGCAUCAAAGUCUGGAGUAAAAGAAGAAACUUUAAUACAUAUUGGUAAACGAUUUUCAUCACCUCCUCCAAAUGCUGCUGAAUUUGUUAUACACAGAGGUAUUGAAAGAAUUUUAAAGGCUCGCAUGCAAAUGGUUGAAAAUCGUACUGUUGACUGGGCAUUGGGAGAGGCAAUGGCUUUUGGAUCUCUAUUGAAAGAUGGAGUUCACGUUCGAUUAAGUGGACAAGAUGUUGAAAGAGGCACAUUUUCUCAUCGGCAUCAUGUACUUCAUCACCAACUUGUUGACAAAGCUACAUACAGACCUCUGUGCAAUUUAUAUCCUGACCAGGCAUCAUAUACUGUAUGCAAUAGUUCUUUGUCUGAAUUUGCUGUUCUAGGUUUUGAAUUGGGAUUUUCGAUGACCAAUCCAAAUGCUUUGGUGUGCUGGGAAGCUCAGUUUGGUGACUUCAACAACACUGCUCAAUGUAUAAUUGAUCAGUUUAUUGGCUCUGGACAAGCUAAAUGGGUUAGACAGUCUGGUCUUGUUAUGUUACUGCCCCACGGUCUUGAAGGAAUGGGACCGGAACAUUCAUCAGCCAGACUUGAACGAUUCUUGCAAAUGAGUUCUGACGAUCCAGAUUAUUUCCCUCCAGAAAGCGAUGAAUUUGCUGUUCGUCAAUUGCAUGAUAUUAACUGGAUUGUUGCAAAUUGUUCUACACCAGCUAAUUAUUUCCACAUACUUCGUCGUCAAAUUGCCCUACCUUUCCGUAAACCACUAAUUAUGAUGACUCCUAAAUCUUUGUUACGUCAUCCUGAAGCUAAGUCUAGUUUUGAUGAAAUGAAUGAAGAUACAGAAUUUUUGAGAAUAAUCCCAGAAAAGGGUACUGCAGCUGAUAAUGCGUGCAAUGUUAAACGAUUAAUAUUCUGUUCUGGAAGAGUAUACUAUGACUUAACCAAAGCAAGAGAAGAACAUAAUCUCGUGGACACUGUAGCUAUUGCUCGAGUUGAACAAAUAUCACCAUUCCCAUUUGAUUUAGUCAAACAAGAAUGCGCCAAGUACCCUAACGCAGAUAUUUUAUGGUCACAGGAAGAACAUAAAAAUCAAGGACCAUGGCCUUACGUACAACCAAGGUUUCACACAGUAUUGAACAACACAAAAACUAUUGGUUAUGCUGGGCGACCAACAGCGGCAUCAUCUGCAACUGGAAGUAAAAUGCAACAUUUAAGAGAACUAAAAGCGCUUCUUGACCGGUCAUUUGCAGUUUAA